AGGCAGCUGCGCAAACCCGGCCGCGUCCUGCACUGCCUCCUGCUUCCCAAGGGCCUGAGGUGGCCACGCGUGGGCCUCGCGAGGCAGACGGUCGGCGGACGGACAACAAAGAGGGCCCCGGAAGGAUCCGGACAGCCCCCGGACUAGGGGGUGGGGAAAGGAGCACAUUGUUCCGCAGGGCGGGGGCUCUUAAAGGGUCCAGGCAGCAUACUCCCACCCCCACCUCCGCCCCCUGCCCAGCUUGGCCGUUCUAGAUCGGGAACAAAGGAGUCACGGUGUGGCCGAAGGGUCGUGUGCCCUGGCCCAGCCCCUCCAGCCCUCUGCCACCCCUGAUGCAACCAUGGGCUCUGGCAGUGACUAGGUGGGCACCCUCUGCCCCUGGGGGUCAGCGGCGAUUCCCUGCAGGACCCAGCAGCAGCCCGGGCCAGCUCUGGGGAAGCCCCAGCCGCGAGGGCCCCCUGGCCAGCCCGCCUGCCCAGGAUGAGCGCUUCCCCUCCCAGCAGCUGCCACCCCGACCAGCACACCUCCCCGUAGAGGAGCGCCGAGCCUCGGCUCCUGCCGGCGGGAGCCCCCGAAUGCUGCACCCAGCCUCCCAGCAGAGCCCGUUCAUGGUUGAUCUCCACGAGCAGGUGCACCAGGGACCUGUCCCUCUGUCCUACACAGUCACCACGGUGACCACCCAAGGCUUCCCCUUGCCUGCAGGCCAGCACAUCCCUGGCUGCAGCACUCAGCAGCUCCCAGCAUGCUCCGUGAUGUUCAGUGGGCAGCACUACCCGCUCUGCUGCCUCCCGCCCCCGCUGAUCCAGGCAUGUACCAUGCAGCAGCUCCCUGUGCCGUAUCAGGCCUACCCCCACCUCAUCUCCAGUGACCACUACAUCCUGCACCCCCCGCCGCCAGCCCCACACCCCCAGCCCGCUCACAUGGCGCCUCUUGGGCAGUUUGUGUCCCUGCAGACACAGCACCCACGCAUGCCCCUGCAGCGCCUCGACAAUGACGUGGAUCUCCGGGGGGAUCAGCACCCCCUGGGGAGCUUCACCUACUCCACCUCGGCCCCAGGCCCGACCCUGUCGGCGUCCGUGCCCAUGCACUACCUGCCGCACGACACCCUGCACCAGGAGCUGUCCUUCGGUGUGCCAUAUUCCCACGUGAUGCCUCGGAGACUGAGCACCCAGAGAUUCCGCCUGCAGCAGCCGCUCCCCCCACCGCCCCCGCCGCCGCCCCCACCACCGUAUUACCCCAGCUUCCUGCCCUACUUCCUCUCGAUGCUGCCGAUGUCACCAACAGCAAUGGGGCCCACCAUCAGCCUGGAUCUUGAUGUGGAUGACGUGGAGAUGGAGAACUAUGAGGCUCUCCUGAAUCUGGCCGAGCGGCUGGGAGACGCCAAACCCCGUGGCCUCACCAAAGCGGACAUCGAGCAGCUUCCAUCGUACCGCUUUCACCCGGACAGUCACCAGUCAGAGCAGACACUGUGUGUUGUCUGCUUCAGUGAUUUCGAGGCGCGGCAGCUGCUCCGGGUCCUCCCCUGCAACCACGAGUUCCACACCAAGUGUGUCGACAAGUGGUUGAAGGCCAACCGGACGUGUCCCAUUUGCCGGGCCGACGCUUCCGAGGUGCCCAGGGAGGCUGAGUGAGGCCCCACAGCCACCCCGGAGAACCCUGCCCAAAGUUCUGGAAACUUGGGGGCCCCAGGGAGGGCGUGGUCCCGGCCUGCCCUGCCGUUCCUGCCUGCCUCUCCAGAGCUGGUGUCAGGGUCAGCCCGAGAGAAGCCCCUGCAAUAAGCCCCUGCAUUUGCCAAGCUCCAAAGACUCCUUCCCCGUCUGCCCACCCGUCUACCCACCCGGGAGCAGCCUGAGCGCCCGCGACUCAGUCUCUCUCCUGUUUGCCCUCGGGUCUGUCUCCUUUUCCUGCCAGCACUGGGAGCCAGGGUCCAUUCCCCUAGUGUGGCCGGUGGAGAUCGUUGGCCCCAAGAUGGGCAAAGGGGGAGCUGUCCGGGGUCGCCUGGUCUCUUGCACUGAAGUGGCAUGCCCUCUGUGCAGGUGGCACUGACAGGCGUGGACAGAUGGUGGCAGGAAGCCCAAGUGGGUCCUUCCGCCUUGACCCCAGGCAGACUCAGGCAGCCAGGCCGCUGUGAGGGUUGGGCUGGCUCCCUAGAGGGCCCUCAGCCCAGGCACAACAUUCCGGCCGCAAGCCCAGGCUGGGGAGCAUCAGAGCCAGUCUCCCAAGCAGGUGGGAGGCAGGCUCUGAGCUGAGGCAGACGGGCCCUCUUGAGAGGGGAGAGUGACCUCCUGUGUUGCUGGUGGCUGCCCUCCCUGGCAGUGACGGUGCCCAGACCCGUGCCCGAUCUCCCCUUUCUGUCGUUUUGCAUGAACGUGAGGAGCAGCAGUUUUUGUUGAUCAUUUGGCCCCAAAUUGCGUGUAGGAUCUGAGGGUGUGGAUUUUUAAACAGUCUCUUUUUUUUGGUUUAACGGGGGUAUAGGGACCAACCAGGACCAAGUGCCCCGGGGGCAGGGAAUGGUCCGUGCUAUGCCGCCUGGCCUGCAUGCAUGUGCACGGCCGGGGCUGGGCCGGGUGGCUGGCGGUCGUGGGUGGGGUUGGGGGGUCUGUGCUCAGCUGAUAACUGCCAUGCACUGUACUGCACACGUCCCCAGAGCCUCCCGGGACCGGACGCUUUUCAGGGCUUUUCUCCCUCUAGCCAGGACCUGUCUCCCACCUGCCUGGGCGUGUCUCCUCCAAGGAAGUCCCGGGAGGACUGGGUCCGGGGAGGGUGUGGACCCACCUCCAGGGGCCCCCUCCCAGCUUGAGCCCUGCCCUCCAAGGUCUGGAGGAGCCCCCAUAGGGUCUGGCUGAGUUCCCCACCCUCGCCCUCGUGGUCCCAUUCCUUCUCUUCCUCACCCCCAGCUGGGGUUGCUGCCCUGAACGAACCGCGUGUGGGGCCGGCACAUCCUAGCAGGCAGCCCCUGGCGCCUGCUGCCUCAGGGAUGCUCCAACCACCCUCGUUCAGCAGCGGCCCUGGCUUCCCGCCACCCCCCAGCCUGCCAUGGGGCCCCAUCAGCCUGGCCCCACCCCGUGGAGAACCCAAAGUCUUACUGUAUAUAACUCCAGGUGACAUUUCUAUAUUUAUAGCAGUGUUGAAAACCCCACGUUUUACACAGAGAACCACCCUCUCCAACCCCCCUCCCUUCCCCACCCCCAAAAAAGGUUUUCAGAACCCUUUCCAGUUCCUGGGGCAGGCGGAAACAGGCUCACGGAUUGUGUGUCGGCUGCAGCAGUGAUUCCAGCGAGCAGCUAUUGGGGGGGAAACAACAUUAAAAAAAAAAUCACUUAAAAAAAAAGAUUUAUAAGACAAUUAUUUAGGAUGUUUGUGAUUUGCCGACCUUGCUAUAGAUGCCAUGUUACCAAUGAUUUCCUGUGGUGGGGGCUUGUCAUUGUUUACUGUUUUAUUUACCAACUUCUGGCCUAGGCAUGACAGUGGGCUUCAUCCCCCAGCCCUGGCUGGGCCCAGCACCUGUGUCCUGUGUUAGAAAGGUCUUUUAUAUAUAUAUAUAUAGUUACAUAUAUAUAUAUAAACAUGUAAUUUGGGGGGGCCCUGUUCCUUGCACAUUUUACAGUUACCUCAUUUUUCCCAUGUAUGUAUUUGAGAAAAUGCUAAUAUAUAGAGAAAAAAAUGGUUCUUAAAGCUUAAAUGUGUGGUUUUUUCCAUUCCAUUGGAUUCACAUUGGUUUGUAGCAUUUAACAUAACUAGUAUGUUGUAUUAUAUGUGUAUACCGAUUGAAAUUUUUAACAGAUUUGUACUUUUUUUAAAAUGAAAGUUGCUAGUUCUGCUUGACCAAGUAGUGCAAUCAUUAUUUUUUUUAAUAUUGUUGCUGAUUUCAGAGGGAUAUUCACUAAUAAAUGUAUGAUGUAUAUCAAGU